GCACGCACAGGGGCCCUGGCACGCCUGAGCCAUGAUUGCCGCAGCCUUCCUGGUGCUGCUGAGACCCUACAGCAUCCAGUGUGCCCUCUUCCUGCUCCUGCUCCUGCUGGGCACCAUCGCCACGAUCUUGUUCUUCUGCUGCUGGCACCGCAAGCUCCAGAAAAGCAGACACCCCAUCAAAUCCGUCUUCUCGGGGCGCUCAAGGAGCCGAGAUGCUGUUAUGAGAACCCACCACUUUCGCUCUGAGGUAAUUUAUUUAGCACGCAAUUUCAAGGGCUUCAGAUCAAGUCCUCGUCAUGCCAGAAGACGCGUAGCAGCUCGCAUCGAAGAAACACAGCCUAUAGUGGAAGCUCACCACUUAAGCGAGCAGGAAACUUCUGUAAGAAAAAGAAAGAUCAAGAAAAGCAGCCGAGUUCAACCAGAAUUUUAUCAUUCUGUUCAAGUUACCCCAACAAGAAAACCUAGCUCCGGCAACGCGUCCUACCGCUGCUCCAUGUCUUCCUCCGCGGAUUUUUCGGACGAGGACGACCUGAGCCAGAAGUCGGGCACGGUGUCGCCGGCGCCGGGGGACACGCUGCCCUGGAACCUGCCCAAGCACGAGCGGUCCAAGCGGAAGAUCCAGGGCGGCUCCGUGCUGGACCCCGCCGAGCGGGCCGUGCUCCGCAUCGCCGAUGAACGGGACAAAGUACAAAAGAAGACCUUCACAAAAUGGAUAAAUCAGCAUCUCAUGAAGGUUCGAAAGCAUGUAAAUGACCUAUAUGAAGAUCUAAGGGAUGGACAUAACUUAAUCUCCCUUUUGGAAGUCCUUUCAGGAGACACCUUGCCAAGAGAGCGAGAUUUUUUGAAGACCUUACGGUUGCCCCGAGAAAAAGGCCGGAUGCGUUUUCACAGACUCCAGAACGUCCAAAUUGCACUUGACUAUUUGAAAAAACGCCAGGUGAAACUGGUUAACAUUAGGAACGAUGACAUAACAGACGGGAAUCCCAAAUUGACUUUGGGGUUGAUAUGGACCAUAAUUUUGCACUUUCAGAUAUCAGAUAUCCACGUUACUGGAGAGUCAGAAGACAUGUCUGCUAAAGAGAGAUUGCUCCUGUGGUCACAGCAGACAACCGAGGGUUAUGCUGGAAUCCGUUGUGAAAAUUUCACUACCUGCUGGCGUGACGGAAGAUUAUUUAAUGCCAUCAUUCAUAAAUACAGGCCGGACCUGAUAGACAUGAAUACCGUUGCUGUUCAAAGCAACCUUGCAAAUUUAGAACAUGCUUUUUUUGUAGCAGAAAAACUUGGUGUUGCCAGACUUCUGGAUCCUGAAGAUGUUGAUGUUUCCUCACCUGAUGAGAAGUCAGUAAUAACUUAUGUGUCAUCACUUUAUGAUGCCUUUCCCAAAGUACCAGAAGGUGGUGAAGGCAUCAGCGCAAAUGAUGUUGAAGUCAAAUGGGUUGAAUACCAGAAUAUGGUAAACUACCUCAUGCAGUGGAUCAGGCACCAUGUUACAAUAAUAUCUGACAGAACAUUUCCCAACAACCCUGUGGAACUGAAGGCACUUUAUAAUCAAUAUUUGCAGUUUAAAGAAACAGAAAUUCCACCAAAGGAGAUAGAUAAAUCAAAAAUUAAACGUCUAUAUAAACUGCUAGAGGUCUGGAUAGAAUUUGGACGCAUCAAACUUCCUCAAGGCUAUCAUCCAAAUGAUAUAGAAAAAGAAUGGGGAAAGCUUAUUAUUGCUAUGCUGGAAAGAGAGAAGACCCUUCGGCCUGAAGUGGAAAGGUUGGAAAUGCUGCAGCAGAUUGCAAACAGAAUUCAGCGGGACAGCCUGAGCUGUGAGGACAAACUGAUACUCGCCCGGAACGCUCUGCAGUCUGAUGCCAAGCGACUAGAGUCAGGGCUCCAGUUCCAAAAUGAAGCAGAGAUAGCUGGGUAUCUUCUUGAGUCUGAGAACCUUCUCCGCCAGCAAGUGAUCGAUGCCCAAAUUCUUAUCGAUGGAAAAUACUAUCAGGCAGACCAGCUUGUGCAGAGGGUUGCAAAACUUCGUGAUGAACUGGUGGCCAUAAGGACUGAAUGUUCUUCCGUGUACAGCAAGGGGCAUGCACUGACAACAGAGCAGACAAAGCUGAUGAUAUCAGGAAUAACUGAAAGCUUAAACUCAGGAUUUACAACAAACCUAACCCCUGAAUUAAGUGCUGCAAUGACCCAAGGUUUAACACCUACUUUGACUUCCUCGAGCUUGACGUCUGGCCUUUCAUCAGGUCUUACUUCCAGAUUGACACCAGCCAUCACUCCUGCUUAUACACCAGGCAUCCCACCGCGGUUAAUUCAAAGUUAUGUGCCAGGAGUAGACAGUGGGACUCUGCAAACACUCAAACUGACGCAAAUCAGAAAACCUCUUAUGAAAUCAGCUUUUGUGGAUCAGAAUUUAACAGAAGAAGAGGUCAACAUGAAGUUUGUCCAAGACCUAUUAAGCUGGGUGGAAGAAAUGCAGGUGCAACUUGAUCGAGCAGAAUGGGGUUCAGAUUUACCAAGUGUUGAAAGCCAUUUAGAAAAUCACAAAAAUGUCCACAAAGCUAUUGAGGAAUUUGAAUCCAGCCUCAAAGAAGCGAAAAUCAGCGAGAUCCAAAUGACUGCCCCUCUUAAACUCAGUUAUGCAGAAAAAUUGCACAAACUGGAGAGUCAGUAUUCAAAACUGUUGAACACCUCAAGAAAUCAGGAAAGGCACCUAGAUACUCUUCACAAUUUUGUGUCCCAUGCUACUAGAGAGCUGAUAUGGCUGAAUGAAAAGGAAGAGGAAGAGGUUGCAUAUGACUGGAGUGAAAGAAAUACUAAUAUAGCAAGAAAAAAGGAAUAUCAUGCAGAAUUAAUGAGAGAACUUGAUCAAAAAGAAGAAGUUAUUAAAUCUGUUCAAGAAAUAGCUGAGCAAUUGCUUCUUGAAAAUCACCCAGCCAGGCUAACUAUUGAGGCCUAUAGAGCUGCAAUGCAGACACAGUGGAGCUGGAUUCUACAGCUCUGUCAUUGUGUUGAGCAACAUUUGAGAGAAAAUGCUGCGUAUUUUGAGUUUUUCAAUGAUGCCAAAGAGGCUAUGGACUAUUUAAAGAAUUUAAAAGAUGCCAUAUACAGAAAAUACACGUGUGAUAGAUCUAGCAGCCUUCAUAGACUGGAAGACCUUGUCCAGGAAUCUAUGGAAGAAAAAGAACAACUCCUGCAGUAUAAGAGCACAGUAGCAGGCCUUGUGGGGAGAGCAAAGGCAAUAAUUCAGCUGAAGCCAAGGAAUCCUGACUGUCUACUCAAAACAUCCAUCCCAAUUAAAGCCAUCUGUGACUAUAGACAAAUUGAGAUAACUAUUUACAAAGACGACGAAUGUGUGUUAGCAAACAACUCCCAUCGUGCUAAAUGGAAAGUCAUUAGUCCGAGUGGUAAUGAAGCCAUGGUUCCAUCUGUAUGCUUUACAGUUCCUCCACCAAACAAAGAAGCAAUAGAUACAGCUAACAGGAUUGAACAGCAGUUUCAGAAUGUCCUGGCCCUUUGGCAUGAAUCACAUGUAAACAUGAAGAGUGUGGUUUCCUGGCAUUACCUGACAAAUGAAAUUGAAGCUGUUCGAGCUGGCAAUGUUGCUUCGAUAAAAACAAUGUUGCCAGGUGAACAUCAGCAGGUACUAAGCAAUCUGCAGUCCCGCUUUGAUGACUUUGUGGAAGAUAGCCAGGAGUCCAAAAUCUUCACAAGCUCUGAUAUAGCACAACUAGAAAGGGAGGUUAAUGUUUGCAAGCAAUACUAUCAAGAACUUCUGAAAUCUGCAGAAAGAGAGGAGCAGGAAGAAUCUAUUUACAAUCUUUACAUCUCAGAAGUCAGAAAUAUCAGACUUCACCUGGAGAGUUGUGAGGAGCGGUUGAUCCGGCAGAUCAGAACCCCAAUGGAAAGGGAUGAUCUACAUGAAAGUGUGUUUAGAAUUUCAGAGCAAGAGAAACUGAAGAAAGAACUGGAUCGACUCAAGGAGGACUUGGGAGUAAUCACUGAUAAAUGUGAAGAGUUUUUCAGUCAAGCUGCUGGUUCACCUUCAGUCCCUACUCUGCGCUCCGAACUCAAUGUUGUUAUUCAGAACAUGAACCAAGUUUAUUCCAUGUCUUCCAUUUAUAUAGAUAAGUUAAAAACUGUAAAUUUGGUGCUUAAGAACACCCAAGGAGCAGAAACACUAGUAAAGCUUUAUGAAACUAAGCUCUGUGAGGAAGAAGCAGUGACUGCUGACAAAAAUAAUAUUGAGAAUCUCAUGGGCACAUUAAAGCAAUGGAGAUCUGAAGUGGAUGAGAAAAGAGAAGUAUUCCAUGCCUUAGAGGAUGAAUUGCAGAAGGCAAAGAUGAUCAGCGAUCAGAUGUUUAAAAUGCACAAGGAACGUGAUCUUGACUUUGACUGGCAUAAAGAAAAAGUGGAUCAGUUGGCUGAGAGGUGGCAAAAUAUUCAUUCUCAAAUUGAAAAUAGGCUGCGUGACUUAGAAAGUAUUAAUAAAUCUCUAAAAUACUACAAAGAUACUUACAAUUCACUGGAUACUUGGAUUCAGCAAGUGGAAGAUACUCAGAGAAAGAUUCAAGAAAUCCAUCCUGAAAAUAGCAAAGCAUUGGCUAAACAGCUGAACCAACAUAAGAUGCUGGUUUCUGAGAUUGAAAUGAAACAAAGCAAAAUAGAUGAAUGCCAGAAAUAUUCAGAACAAUACUCAGCUGCUGUGAAGGACUAUGAGUUGCAGACUAUGACCUACAGAGCUAUGGUUGACUCCCAGCAAAAAUCUCCAGUGAAACGCCGAAGAAUGCAAAGCUCAUCAGACUUUAUUAUUCAAGAGUUCAUGGAUUUACGGACUCGUUAUACUGCCUUAGUGACCUUGAUGACCCAGUAUAUUAAGUUUGCAGGAGACUCUCUGAAAAGACUGGAAGAGGAGGAGAAAUCAAUGGAAGAAGAAAAGAAAGAACAUGUUGAGAAAGCUGGGGAUUUACUGAAAUGGGUGUCAAACCUCAGCAAGACACUCAGCAAGGAAGAAGGAGAAAAGGCUGAAAAGGCAGACUUGCCUAAGCAGCAGAUUUCCCUGGAUGAAAUGUCAACCAAGAAAGAACAAAUAGCUGAAGCUCUGCAGACUACUCAGUCAUUUUUAGCCAAGCACGGUGACAAAAUGACAGAUGAAGAGAGAAAUGAAAUGGAAAAGCAAGUCAGAUCCCUCCAGGAGAGUUACAGCUUAUUAUCCAAUGAAGCUUUGAAACAACUGCAGGAAGCACAGUAUUUGAGUGAUGAAAAGAUGGAAGAAAAGGUGAAUAAAGUCAUUGCUGGUAUCAUUGACCAAACGACUGGAGAAGUCCUUUCAGUCUUUCAGUCUGUUUUAAAAGGUUUUAUUGACUAUGGCACUGCAAUUAGAUUGCUUGAGAAUCAGCUGAUUCUAUCUGGAAUCAUUUCUCCAGAAUUAGGAGUAUGUUAUGAUCUGGAAGAAGCUAAAGCUCAUGGCCUAAUUGAUGAGCAGACUCUAUUGGAAUUGCAGGAAUUAAAUAAUGCGAAGAAGCUUAUUUCAGAAUCAUCACUAAUAAAUCUUCCAGUUGUAUCAGCUUUAGAUCAAGGUCUAAUUUCAGAAUCUUUGGCCAUUAAAAUUCUUGAGAAUCAGCUUUCAAGUGGGCACUUGAUUUUGCCAUCUACUGGAGAAAACCUGACUUUACAGAAGGCUUUCCAGAGGAACCUAAUUCCUCCAACAUUAUAUGCAAAGCUUCUGGAAAGACAAGACACAUGCAAAGAUCUCAUAGACCCUAACUACACUGAAAAGAUUUCCCUUGAACAGAUGGUUAAUAGAAGCAUAAUACAUGAAGAAACAGGGUUAAGACUCUUACCCGUGAAACCACAAGAAAAAGGCAGAAUCACAUUCAAAUGUGGAAGGAAGAUAACUGUUUUGAGGGCAGCCCAUGAAGGACUCAUUGAUCGGGAAACAAUGUUCAGGCUGCUGGGGGCUCAGUUAAUGUCUGGGGGUAUAAUUGACUCUGACUCAGGGAAGCGAAUAACUGUGGAAGAAGCCAUGAAACAAGGGAUGAUAGAUCAGGACACUGCUUGUGGGAUUCUCACACAUCAGGUUCAGACUGGUGGAAUCCUUUGUUCAAAUUCAGGCAAACGCUUGACUGUUGAUGAAGCUGUGCAGUGUAACUUAAUAUCAUCCACCAGUGCAUUACUGGUAUUAGAAGCACAAAAAGGCUUUGUUGGCCUAAUUUGGCCUCAUACUGGUGAAAUAUUCCCCAUAUCCACUUCUUUGCAUCAAGGGAUGAUAACAAAUGAGCUGGCCUUCAAAAUACUAAAUGGAAGGCAGAAAAUAGCUGCGCUUUACAUUCCAGAAACUUGUGAAGUAGUCAGUCUAGAUAAGGCUGCACAAUCAGGGGUAAUAGAUGUCAAUACUGUAUCUGUUUUAAACAGUGUGAUUUUACCGGAUAAAAUGCCUAAUGUAGAAGAAUUAGAAUCUCCAUGUAAAAAUGCUGCAAAAUGGUUAUCAACGUAUGAGCCUCAGCCAUCUGUAUUUCAUGACUAUCAGGAGGAACUUGAAGGUUCUGGCACAGAAGACCAUGUAGAUCAUAGUUUGGACCAAGCUAAGAAACUAUUCAUAUCUUAUCUAAUGGUAAAUAGUUACAUGGAUGCAAACACUGGAGGAAGACUUUUAUUAUAUGACGGAGAACUGCAAGAAGCAAUCAAUACGUUAUUAGAAGGUGAUGCAUACAAUACUGAUGUGUCAGAAAUGGAGUUUAGUGACAAAUACAUAAGCCCCAAAGAAAUUAAUUUAAAGUCAGCUGGCAAUGUCCACUUAAGUAAUGUCACAAACAAUGUCCAGGGUAAUCUUUCAGGUGUUGAGAAUACUUCUAAUGGCAUGAAAUUAAUUCAGUUGGAGGAUUUGGAGAAUAAUAAAGAUUCGCAAGGAAAAGACAUUCAUAUAUGUAGACCUGAUGUUUGUAAUGCUAGUACCAAGCAAUCAGAAUAUACACAGGAGAUUUUGUUAACUAAACCUGCAGAAGUUAAAAACGUAGUAGGUAGUAUUCAAAAUUCUGUAAACAAAAAUGCAUUCUCUAAGAGUCUUCUGGAGUAUUCUGAAUGGACAAAAGUAGAACUGUGUAAGCCUAAGGAUCAGAAGGCAAAUUCAGGAAAUAUUGAAGGAUAUCUUCCAAAUGACUCAAACUCAAACCUUAUUUCAGAAAUAGAAGAGGAAAACAUACAUGUGCCAGGCAGUCUGGAUAAGGAAAACAAGAAUUAUAAAACCCUGCAGAAUACCUCGUGUGUGAAUGAAUGGUCAAUUAAUGAAAUUCAAAGAAGCAUGGAAAGGUGCACAAAAUGUGGGCUUCACAUUUUGCAAACUGAUGACAGCAGAAUGUUACUUGAAAACAGCAAGAAAGAUGACUUUCAGAGAAGUCUUGGUUUGUCUGCCAAUGCAGAUAUUGAAUAUAGGCUUCCAGAAGAACUUUCUAGUAAAGAAUUAGGAAAUCAAGCUGUUGACAUGCUGCAGGUUGAAGAUAAUGGGUAUAGCGGGCAACCUCUACAGGACUACCCUGAUGUACAUAACAGGCUAUCCCUAGAGGAUGUUGACAGUUCAUCCUUGGAGGACUGUACUGAUGUGCAGAAUAAGCUGUGUCUAGAAGACAGCAGAGACAUGCACUACAGGCCUUUGUUAGAUGACAGUACUUUUCGUCAUGAUGGACCACUUGUGGGGGACAGUAACAACACAGCACAAGGGCUAACAUUAGAAGACAACAGCCUUACAUUUGAAAAGUUACUGCUGGUUGACAGUAGUUCUGAUUCAUCACUCGGAGGGAGCGACAGCAUCCCACAAUUUGAGAGUAAACACUUGCGCUGUGAAUGUGAUGAGGUAGCCUCUGAAGAUGACAGUUCUCAGAUUGAUGAUGAUGAUGAUGAUGCCUAUGAAACUCCUCAGGUUGAUGAUGAGGACAGUGAUGUCUACCACACUCCACAAGUUGACGAUGAUGAUCCCUAUGACACUCCUCAAGGUGAUGAUGAUUAUGAUACCUCACUGUUGGGAGAUGAUGAUACACCAGAGCCUGAUAAUGUUCCCUUAGGUUUUCCAGAGGAAAGAUGUGGUCCAAUAAAUCUGAGAGAAGAGAAUGGGUCUUUUCAAGACCUUCCAGCUAAUGCUGGAGAGAGGGGUGUAGAUCUGGCAGGUCUACCUGAGAGCAUAAGUACAGCUUCUGCAAGUGCCAGAACUUUGGAAAACUACCUUGAGAAGGAAAGGGAAAGACCAGGGAGCUUUGAAGAGAAGAAGCUAAAACUACCAGUUACUCUGGAGAGUGAAGGAAAUAAGGAGGGAGGCCUUAGUCCCUUACUAAAGAUGUAUGGGGCAGAAGUACAAAGAGAUAGAAAUGAAGAAGGUGAAAUGAAAGCAGAAAAUGACGCCUGUGAGGAUGAACCUGAAGGAACUGAGGAGGAGGAGGAGGAUUAUGAUUAUGACUACAUGGAUUAUGAUUAUGAUAGUUAUGACAACUCUGACACUGAUUCUGACAGUGAUGAAGAAAUCGAUAUUUUUUACUCACACCAUCGAUGUAAAAAUAUAGGUGACCAGCUGGACCAGCUGUUAACUCCUUUAGGACACGUAGAAAAUGGUGAUGAAAAUAAUCAAAAUAUUGAUGACUGUUACCGUUCUUUAAGCACUAUGGCAGGGGAUUGUUUGCAAUUCCAGUCCAAUGGUGGGAAUGGAAAACUGCCCUCUGGAAAAUGUAAAACUGUAUCAGAUGUUUCUGAGGAAAGAUGUGUUGCUCUUACACAUACAAGCAAAGAAGAAAGACAGCAAGAAAGAGACCAAGAGUGUGAGAAUUCUGUCAAGAGUAAGCAUGCGUCACAAGAUAUUAAUGAAUGUAAUCAGCCUGAAAAUGCCUUUGAUUCUAAAUGGGUGUCUUGUAAGAAUGAAGAAGAUAACAAAACACAGUUUAAGAUUCCAAGUUUUCAGUUUGUUGAUGAUACUGUGACAUCUGGUGCUAGAGUGACAGCCUUCCUAAACACGAAGCAAGCUACAGAUGAUGAUGAAAAAAUUCAGACAAAUUUGUUUCUUCCAGAAUGCUCUUUACCUAUUCAUAGCAUGGAUAGAAGCAAUACUGGUAUCAUGCCAGUGUUGCCUUCAAAUCAUGGGCAAAGACAAAAAGAAGUACUAUUUGUGGGGGAACAAAUGUUAAAUGAUAUGGCUGGUAUGGAACAACUGAAGGAAAGUGCAUCCCAAAUAGACAGUAAAUUCCUUGGACGUGUGUCUCAUGUGAGUGAUGGUGAUAAUCUGUGUUCACGUACUGAUCAAAUAGAACAAACCACAGAUAGGAAAAGCAGUCAAAUAAGUUUUGAAAUUCUUAAAGAAAAUACAAAUACAGUAAAUAUUACAAUGGAAAAUGAUAUUCAAGAGCUAAGUAAAAGUCCCAUUCAUAUCGAAAGCCUUGGGGAAAUAUUUGAUGCAUCAGUGAUUAAAGCUGAUAGAGAAACUCUUGUUUUAAGUAAAGAAAAAGUAAAUGCAGAUCAAGCUUUGCUUGAUACUGGAGGUGAUGUGAAAUCAGAUGACAUUAAGAGAUAUUUUAACCUUUCCUCUAUUAAGGAAUGUGCUACAGGUGGAAAAGCAGAAAGUAAUUCAGAAUUGGAUAAAGCUGAAUCCUGUUGCAUUAUAGAUAGGGAAAAGGGGAGAGAUCUGCAGAACGAAAAGGAAUUUCUGCUGAAGGACAUAACUGAUACAGGAGAAAUGCAUUCAAGUGAAUUAAACUCUCACAGUCGCUCCCUUCCCCUGAAAGUUACAGUAAAACCGAAAGAAAUUGAUAUGCCCAAGGAAACAGUUAUCUGGCAAAAGACUGUCAAUGUUCGUAAAGGCAGUUCAGAAAAUAACAGCAGCAAUGAUCAUGAAUUUGUCCUCAUAAAAGCAGAUGCUGCAGGAAGUAAUGAGAAUGCUAAAGAAUCCGGGGACGGGGUCGAAGCGGUACUUUCUGCGAAUCGCACCCAUGCUGCUGAUGUUUCUUCAGUAGCUCUGAGCAGCACGGGGGGUGGCUUGGUUAAUGUUGCCCAUGCAGAAUAUGAGGCAGUGAAGAACUCAAAGGGAGAGAAUUUCAUGGUCACUGAGACUUCUUCCUUUGCAAAUGGUUUUGAAAAGCAAAUGUCCAUGGAGUCAUUGCAAAAGGAAAUGGAAUCCUGCAAAGAUUUUCAAAUAAAGGAAGAUAUUUCACAAUUCCCGGAAAUAUCUGACACACUAAUGGAAGACCUAAAGAAUAUAUUGCAAAGCAAAUUGAAAAAAGGACAUGUUUAUUACAAGCAGGAGGGUGAACCCCUAAAUUACUCUGAUAUGAAAGUUUUAGUGCAAAAUUUGCUUACAAUGGUUAGAAGCACACAGCUUGGGAGUGACACAUCUCGUAAACCAGAUAUAAAGCAAGCAAGUGAUGAUCUCACAACCGCAUUAACGGUUACCAAACCAUGCGUAGAGCUGAAGGACUGUGAUGCUUUUUCACUGCUUUGGCUUGAUGGCAGAAGUCCUGACCUCCUUCGAGAUAUUCUGAAGCAGGAAUCCUGCAAACAAAAGAUGGAUGAUCCAGACGAAAUGAAGACUGAAUUAGACCAAGGAGUAAAGGCUUCUGUUCCAAAAUUUACUGCUUCUCAGCUUGGGCAGACUUUUCAAAUCUCAUCAGGAGAUGAAAGCACAUAUAAGUUAGAGGAGCUGAUAAGUGGUUUGCUUACAAGCUCACAAGUUGCUGGUGUCACCAUAGAAAAUGAUGAUAAAGGCAAAGUAGAUGGGCUUUGUACUCUUUUCUCAACAGAACAAUCAGGGUUUGGAUCAGAAAUUCCUAAAGAGAAUCCGAUGGAAGAUGAUACAGUUUUUGCUUUGAAAAGUGACCAGGAGCAUGAGAAGACAACCAGCCUUUCCAAAGGCUUGACUGAGCCUGUUUGCAAAACAAAAGAAGCAAUCCUAGAAGACAACCCAACUGGCAUGUUCAGUGGAGUACAGCAGUGUUUAAAGUUGAUGGAGAAACUGCAGAAGCAUUUGGCUGUGGUUCAAGAUAUGAAACGCUACCUAUAUAAUCAGCAGCCUAUUAGUAGCAACCUGGAAACACUGAAAGAUGAACUGGAACAAUUAGAGUCAUUUGAAUCGGAGCUGGCUACUUUUGCCAUUAUCCUAAAAAAAGAUAUGAAGCUGACAGAAGAGUUUUUAAGGCUUUCUCAUGGAGAUGUUUGCAAAGAGAAACUUAAAGAGCUAAAGAUAAGCUAUGACUGUUUGCAGGAAGCAUUUUUGGAGGUCUGUGAUAUGUCUUCAAAACGGGCAAAACAAAUAAUCUGUGCUGUUGACUCUGAAAUGUCUAAGCUUGCAGUUUUACACCAGCAACUUUUAAGCAAACUGCAGAGCUAUUCGGACUGGAUCACAGAAAAAAGUAAAGUUGUGAGUGACUUCAUAGUGAACACUAAUGAUAUAGAAGACAUGAAGCAAAGUUUACAACUCCUCAAGAACACUGCUGCAGAGCUUGGCGGUACAAAAAUGCAGUUGGAGUCCACUGCGUUUGAUGUUCAGUUCUUCAUUUCUGAACAUGCCCAAGAUCUUUCUCCUAAUCAGAGCAAACAGCUGCUGAGGCUCUUAAAUGCCACCCAGAAAUCUUUUCAGGAAGUACAGGAAGCAAUAACAUCUCAAAUGGAAAGUUUAGAGACUCAGUUACAGGCAGCGCAAGAACUGGGUGAUCAGAAGGAUGUGGCCGAACGGCAACAGGAAUGCAAAGAGAAGCUGCAGGAAAUGUGUGAUUUGCUUACGCAGACUGAAAAUCGAAUAAUUGGACACCAAGAGUCUCUUGUUAUUGGAGAUAGCAAGGCUGAGUUAGAACAUUACCAGACCAAGCAGGAGGAAAUACAAAAAGACAUGAGAGAGAGUACACAGGCAUUGGCAGAGAUUGUGAAAAAUACUGAAAUGUUCCUGAAAGAGAAUGGAGAAAAGUUGUCACAAGAAGACAAGACUAUUCUUGAACUGAAACUAAAUGAAGCUAAAACAAAGUGUUUGCUCCUUAGCCAGAAGGCAGAAGAGUCCAAAAAAGAACUGGAUAAAGCUAUGACAACAGCAAUUAAGCAGGAAACAGAAAAGGUUGCAGCCAUAGAACAGCUGGAAGAGAGUAAAAAUACGAUAGAAAAUCUCUUGGAUUGGUUAUCAAAUGUGGACAAAGAAGCGGAGCACGGCAGGAGGCUUAAGCAGGUGAUAGAACAGAACGGGACACACUUUGAAGAAGGAGAUGUGAAAGCUUUGGAAGGAGAGGAGGACGAUGUCAAUGGCAAUCUGCUGGAGCUUCAGCAAGACAUUGAAACUCAGGUGGAUGGUCUAGUGAAAAGCACAGAAGACAAUCUGAACCAGCAGUAUCAGAGGGUCAAGGCUCAACAUGAGAAAAUUAUUUCCCAGCAGCAGGCUGUCAUAAUAGCAACUCAGUCUGCCCAGGCUCUGCUUGAGAAACAAGGCCACUACCUUUCCCCUGAAGAAAAAGACAAGAUGCAAAGGAACAUGAAAGAGCUGAAGGCUCAAUAUGAGACUGCUUUAGCAGAAUCAGAAAGGAAGAUGAAGUUAACUCAUUCCCUGAGGGAAGAACUUGAGAAAUUCGAUGCAGACUACAGUGAAUUUGAAACCUGGCUGCAGCAGUCAGAACAAGAACUUGGUAAUUUGGAGGCUGGUGCUUCUGACUUCAGUGGUAUUAUGAUCAAACUGAAAAGGCAAAAGAGUUUCUCUGAAGAUGUUAUAUCUCACAAAGGUGAUUUACGGUAUAUUACAAUUUCUGGACAAAGAGUUUUAGAUGCUGCAAGGUCUUGUAGCAAAAGAGAUGGUGUUAAGGUUGACAAAGAUGGUAUUGAUACUUCAGCUACUUAUAUGGAAGUGCAGAAUAAACUGGAUAGUGCUUCAGAUCGCUUCAAAUCUCUCUAUACUAAGUGUAGCAUCCUUGGAAAUAACCUUAAAGACCUGGCAGAUAAAUACCAGCAUUAUGAAGAUGCCUCGUCUGGACUUUUGUCAGGUCUCCAGGCCUCUGAAAUAGCUGUGAACAAACAACUGUCUGAGCCAAUUGCAGUGGAUCCCCAAAAUCUCCAAAGACAGCUAGAAGAAACCAAGGUUCUUCAGGGACAAGUGUCUAAUCACCAAAUUGCUGUAGAAAAACUGAAAAAAGCUGCUGAAGUGCUUCUGGAUACAAGGGGGGAGUUGAUACCAGACAAAGAAAAGAUCCAGAAAACAUUGGACGACAUUGUGGACAGAUAUGACAAUUUAUCAAAGUCCGUGAACGAAAGGAAUGAGAAGCUCCAGAUAACUCUGACACGAUCCCUAAGUGUGCAGGAUGGUUUGAAUGAAAUGCUCGAUUGGAUGGAAGGUGUUGAAAAGAGCCUUGAAGAACAAGGUCAAGUGCCUUUGAAUUCUGCUGCUAUUCAGGAUAUCAUUAGUAAAAGCAUUAUGCUAGAGCAAGAUAUUGCAGGUCGCCAAAGCAGUAUAAACACUAUGAAUGAAAAAGUGAAGAAGUUCAUGGAAACAGCAGAUCCAUCCACUGCAUCCUCACUGCAAGCUAAAAUGAGUGAACUUGCAGGGCGGUUUUCUGAAGCAAGUAACAAGCAUAAAGAGAAGCUUGUGAAAAUGGAGGAGUUGAAGACUAAAGUGGAGUUGUUUGAAGGUCUGUCAGAAAAACUUCAGACGUUUUUAGAUGAGAAAAACCAGGCUUUCAGUGAGACUGAGGCACCAAGAAAGGAUGUUAGUGAAGUGUCUCAGUAUAUGCAGGAAGCUAGUAUAGAACUGGCACAGCAUAAGAAAGAUCUGGAAGUUUUGCAGCAGCUUCUUGAAGAACUUUCGUUCCAUGCUCUUCCUGGGGAUAAAGCAUCGGUACUAGAAAAAGUAAAUGCUUUGUCAAAGAAAUUCAGGGAGGUAGAGGAGACAUUAAAGGAAAAAGAAGAGGAUGUAUCAUCUUGUCAGAAACAAAUGGAUACUUUUGAGCUCCUUGUAGAAUCUUUAAAGAAAUGGAUAAAAGAGACAACAGAAAGAAUUCCAGCAGCACGACCCUCACUGAAUACGGAGGAGUUAAAGAAACCUUUGGAAAAUACUCUGAAUUUAAAAGAUGAAUGGACUUUAAAAGCCCCUGAACUACAGAAAAUGAAUAGCAGCGGAACAGUGUUAUGCAAUCUAAUUACUGCUGUUACUUCUCCUGCAAAAACAAGAGCAGCUGCAAAAUCAGGUGGAACAAUGUUAAAUGGUGAAGGAGGAGCUCCAGGUACUCAGGAUUUUCUGAAAAAUAAAGAACUGUCAACUGUUCAACAAGCCAUGUCUGAUGUAAAUCACAGUUAUGAAGAUUUGGGAGUUUUAUUGAAGGAAAAGAUUUCAGAACUAGAAAGUAUGCUUACAAAAAUGCAAAAUAUUCAGGAAGAAUCAACCUCAGUGAUGCAGUGGUUACAGAAAAUGGACAAAACUGCAUCAGACUGGGAAGCUGCUCCAACUGAUAGUGAGGCUGUUAAAGCCCAAGUUGAGCAACAUAAGCUGUUUGAAACUGAAUUAAAGCAAAGUGAGAAUAAAGUGCAGGAAUUAAAGGACAAAGUGACAGAGCUGUUAGAGAAGAACCCGGACUCUCCUGAGGCACCCAAAUGGAGACAAACGCUGGAUAAAAUAGAUUCUAAAUGGAAAGAGCUCAAUCAAGUUGCAUCUGAGAGACAACAAAAACUGGAAGAGUCUUCAAAUUACCUGAUCCAGUUCCAGACAGCGGAAGCUCAGUUAAAGCACUGGCUUGUAGAAAAGGAGCUGAUGGUCAGUGUGCUGGGACCACUAUCAAUUGAUCCAAAUAUGCUGAAUACGCAAAAGCAACAGGUCCAGAUUCUGCUUAAAGAGUUUGACACCAGAAAGCCGCAAUAUGAACAGUUAGCUACAGCUGGUGAAGGGAUCCUGAAGAGGCCUGGUGAACAUCCCCCCUCUCAUGAAGUCGUAAAAGAGCAACUGGCAGCUGUGGCACAAAAAUGGGACAGUCUAACUGGCCAACUGAGUAACAGAUGUGACCGAAUUGACCAAGCCAUUGGGAAAAGCACAGAGUACCAAAGCCUGCUCAGAAGUCUGUCUGAUAAGCUAAGUGCCUUGGAUAGCAAACUAAGCAGCAGCCUGGCUGUGAGCACACAACCUGAUGCUGUGAAACAACAGUUGGAAACUGCUAGAGAAAUGAAGGAGGAAAUAGAACAGGAAAUGAAGAAUAUAAAUGCGGCUCAAGCUCUUUGUGAAGAACUAUCAACGCUGGUUGGAGAAGAAUAUUUGAAAGCAGAACUGACAAGACAGUUAGACGGCAUCAUAAAAUCAUUUAAGGAUAUUGAGCAAAAAUCUGAUAACCAUGUUCAGCAGCUUCAGUCAGCGUAUGCCACUUCUCAUCAGUUUCAGCAAAUGUCUGAAGACUUUCAGACCUGGCUAGACAAAAAGAAAGAAGAGCUUAACCAGGCUCGUCCUAUAUCAGCCAAACUUGAUGCCUUGCAGUCACUAAUUGAAGAACAGAAAGAUUUUAAGAAGACUCUGUCCGAUCAGAUUAGUUCAUAUGAAAAAAUUGUUGCAGAAGGGGAGAGUAUCUUGCAGAAGACUCAAGGAGCUGACAAGGCAUUACAGUCUCAAAUUGCCACACUCAAAAGUAACUGGGAUGAAAUGAAUAAGCAGGUAAAAGAAAGGCAAGAUAAAUUAACAGAUUGUCUGGAGAAAGCCCUGCAGUACAAGCAGCAUGUAGAAAAUCUGCAGCCGUGGAUAGAGAAAUGUCAAAGCAACCUGUGCGAAGUAAAAGUUGGCAUAAACCCUGCUGAAAUAGAGAAUACUAUUGUUCAGGUGAAGGCCUGGCAGAAGGACCUGGAUAAACACCAUGGCAUGGUGGAGCUCUUAAACAAUACUGCUGAAAGUUUGCUCAGUGCAAGUCAAACAGAUAAAGAAGCUGUUAAAGAGGAGACUAAGGCACUUAAUAAGAAAGUGAAAACGGUCACAGAACAAUUGCAUAAGAAGAGAGAGUGCUUGGAAAACAUGGCACAAAGGCUGAAAGAGUUUCAGGAAUCAUCCAGGGAAACUGAGAAACAGCUUAAAAGUGCCAAGGAGCAUCUGGAAGCUCAUGAUGCGCUUGGACCUCAGUCAUUCAGUAACAAACACCUGACAAUGAUGCAGACCCAGCAGAAAGCCUUACAGACUUUAAAGCCUCAUGUCGAUUUAGCAAAAAAGCUUGCCCAAGAGCUGGUGGUUGAAGCUUCUGAUUCAGCAGGUGUUUCUGACCUUUUGCUCCAAGCUGAAUCCUUAGAGCAAGAAUACAGUGCAGUGAAUCAGCAGGUUGAAGAGAGGUGCUCAUUCUUGGAGACGAAACUUCAGGGAAUUGGCCAUUUCCAAAACAGCAUCCGAGAGAUGUUCUCUCAGUUUGCAGAGUUUGAUGAUGAGCUUGACAGCAUGGCUCCAGUGGGGAGAGACCUUGAUAUACUGCAGGUACAGAGAGAGGAUAUAAAAUGUUUUCUGAAAAAGCUGGAAGACCUUAUAAUGAAUAAUGAGAAUGCUAAUAAAAACUGCAAAAUGAUGCUAGCCACGGAAGCUGAAGCUUCUCCUGACCUUAUUGGUAUAAAAAGAGAUUUGGAAGCUUUAAAUAAACAGUGCAACAAAUUACUCGACAGAGCAAAAGCCAGGGAAGAUCAAGUGGAGGGGACCAUUAGCCGUGUUGAGGAGUUUUACAGUAAGUUGAAAGAGUUUUCCAGCCUGCUUGGGAAAGCUGAAGAACAUGAAGAGUCACAAGGUCCUGUUGGAAUGGAAACAGAAACUAUCAAUCAGCAGCUGACUACAUUUAAGGUAUUCCAGAAAGAUGAAAUUGAACCACUGCAAGUAAAACAACAGGAGGUAAAUUGGUUAGGUCAAGGCCUUAUUCAAAGCGCUGCUAAAAGCACCAGCACAGAGAACCUUGAACAUGACCUUGAAGAUGUUAACACCCGAUGGAAGACUCUUAAUAAGAAGGUUGCCCAGCGUGCUGCACAAUUGCAGGAAGCCCUCCUUCACUGUGGGAGAUUUCAGGAUGCCCUUGAAUCUCUGCUUAGCUGGCUCAUUGAUACAGAAGACCUUGUGGCUAAUCAGAAGCCGCCAUCUGCUGAAUUUAAAGUUGUGAAAGCCCAGAUACAAGAACAGAAACUUCUCCAGAGGUUGCUGGAUGACCGCAAGCCCACUGUUGAAGUAAUCAAGCGUGAAGGGGAGAAAAUUGCAGAGUCAGCAGAACCUGCUGAUAAAGUGAAAAUCUUGAAACAGUUGAGUUUCCUGGAUAGUCGAUGGGAUGCGUUGCUCAGUAAAGCUGAAACAAGGAACCGUCAGUUGGAAGGUAUCUCCGUGGUGGCACAGCAGUUCCAUGAAACUCUGGAACCGCUGGUCGAGUGGCUGACUGCCACCGAGAAGAGGCUUGCAAAUGCUGAACCCAUUGGAACACAGGCCUCCAAACUCCAACAGCAGAUUGUUCAGCAUAAAGCCCUAGAAGAUGACAUCCUAGCUCACAAUAAGAGUUUACACCAGGCCAUUAGCUUUGGUCAAUCUCUAAAAACUAUGAGCUCCAGGGAAGAUAAAGAUAUGGUGCAGGAAAAGCUAGAUUCUUCCCAAGUCCGAUACAUUGAAAUUCAAGAGAAGAGCAACAGCAGGUCUGAGCUCCUCCAGCAAGCUUACUGCAAUGCUCAGAUUUUUGGGGAGGAUGAAGUUGAAUUGAUGAACUGGCUGAAUGAAGUCCAUGAUAAACUGAGCAAACUGUCAGUCCAAGAUUACAACACAGACUUGCUUGAGAAACAGCACUCUGAACUACUGGAACUUCAAGAAGAGAUUCUUCUUAGAAAACAAAAUGUUGAUCUGGCUAUACAAAAUGGCUUAGAGCUCCUCAAGCAAACAACAGGUGAUGAAGUUGUAAUAAUUCAAGAUAAACUGGAAGGCAUUAAAGCAAGGUACAAAGACAUUACAAAACUGAGUUCUGACGUAUCCAAGACCUUAGAGCAGGCUCUGCAGCUAGCAAGUCAGCUACACUCAACCCAUGAGGAACUCUCCAAAUGGCUUGACAAAGUAGAAGUGGAGUUACUCUCAUACGAAACUCAGAUACCAAAGGGUGAAGAAUUAAGCCAAGCACAAGAAAGACAAAAAGAACUGAAGAAGGAAGCGAAGAACAACAGAGGCUUGUUGGAUACUCUGAAUGAAGUCAGCAGCGCCUUCCUGGAGCUGGUGCCGUGGCGGGCCAGAGAGGGGCUCGACAAGAUGAUAACGGAGGACAACGAACGGUACCGAUUAGUGAGCGACACUAUCUCUCAGAAGGUGGAUGAGAUUGAUGCUGCCAUCCUGAGGUCCCAGCAGUUUGAUCAAGCAGCUGAUGCUGAAUUAGCCUGGAUUGCAGAAACAGAAAAGAAACUGAUGUCUCUGGGUGAUAUUAGGCUUGAGCAAGACCAGACCACUGCUCAGCUACAAGUUCAAAAGGCAUUCACCAUGGAGAUUUUGAGGCACAAAGAUACUAUAGAUGAACUUGUAAAAUCCGGGGAUAAGAUUAUGAACUCAUGCGCUGAAGAAGAGAAAGAGACCAUGAAGAAAAAACUGGAAAGCCUCUUACAGAGAUACGAUACAGUCUGUCAAAUGAACUCUGAGAGAAACCUCCAGCUGGAACGUGCUCAGUCCCUGGUUAACCAGUUCUGGGAGACUUAUGAAGAGCUUUGGCCGUGGUUAACUGAAACAGAAAUGGUCAUCUCUCAGCUUCCUGCCCCAGCUCUUGAAUAUGAAACUUUAAAGCAACAACAAGAAGAGCAUCGGCAACUGCGUGAGCUGAUCGCUGAGCAUAAGCCUCAUAUAGAUAAGAUGAACAAAACUGGGCCUCAGUUGCUGGAGCUGAGCCCAGGAGAAGGCUUUUCUAUCCAAGAGAAAUACGUGGCAGCUGACACCCUUUACAGUAAAAUUAAGGAAGAUGUCAAAAAGCGAGCACUGGCGCUGGAUGAAGCCAUUUCUCAGUGUACCCAGUUCCAUGACAAGAUAGAUCCAACUCUUGAGAGUCUCAAGCGCAUAGUUGAACGUCUGAGGCAGCCACCUUCGAUCUCAGCAGAGGUUGAGAAGAUUAAAGAGCAGAUCAGUGAAAAUAAGAAUGUUUCAAUGGAUCUGGAAAAACUUCAACCAGUAUAUGAGACGCUUAAGCAGCGAGGGGAGGAAAUGAUUGCUCGUUCAGAAGGAACUGAUAAGGAUAUAUCUGCUAAAGCUGUUCAAGAUAAACUGGACCAAAUGGUCCUCAUUUGGGAAGAUAUCCAGACCUUGACUGAGGAAAGAGAGGCCAAAUUGUUGGAUGUAAUGGAACUAGCUGAAAAGUUCUGGUGUGAUCAUAUGGCUCUAGUAGCAACUAUUAAAGAUACUCAAGACUUCAUUCGAGAAUUGGAGGGACCUGGAGUCGACCCAUCUGUAGUCAAGCAACAGCAAGAAGCUGCAGAGGCUGCUAAAGAAGAAAUUGAUGGACUUCAAGAGGAGCUAGAAACAGUUGUAAACCUUGGCUCUGAACUUAGAGCUGCUUGUGGAGAGCCUGACAAACCUAUUGUCAACAAGAGUAUAGAUGAGCUGAAUUCUGCCUGGGAUGCCUUAAACAAAACAUGGAAAGAACGGGUAGACAAGCUUGCAGAAGCCAUGCAGGCAGCUGUUCAAUACCAGGAUGGACUGCAGGCAAUAUUUGACUGGGUGGACAUUGCUGGCAGCAAGUUAGCAUCUAUGUCCCCAGUUGGAACAGAUCUGGAGACAGUGAAGCAGCAAACAGAGGAACUUAAGCAAUUUAAGACAGAAGCUUAUCAGCAGCAGAUAGAAAUGGAAAGACUGAACCACCAGGCAGAACUAUUGCUGAAGAAGGUAACAGAGGAAAGUGAGAGGCACACUGUUCAAGACCCUCUCUCAGAGCUCAAAUUAAUGUGGGACAACCUGGAAGAAAAAAUUAUCAAUAGACAGCACAAGCUGGAGGGUGCCUUGUUAGCCUUGGGGCAGUUCCAGCAUGCCCUGGAUGAGUUACUGACGUGGCUGACGCACACAGAAGAUUUGCUGAAUGAACAGAAACCUGUGGGUGGAGACCCCAAGGCUAUUGAAAUUGAACUUGCCAAACAUCAUGUGCUGCAAAAUGAUGUUUUAGCUCAUCAGUCUACGGUGGAAGCAGUUAAGAAAGCAGGAAACGACUUGAUUGAAUCAAGUGCUGUUGAAGAAGCAAGUAAUUUACGGAGCAAGUUGGAACUUUUGAAUCAGCGCUGGCAAAAUGUGUUGAAAAAAACAGAACAAAGGAAACAGCAGCUGGACAGUGCCUUGAUCCAGGCCCAAGGUUUCCAUGGUGAAGUUGAAGAUAUGCAGCAAUGGCUGACAGACACUGAACGUCAGCUGUUGGCAUCAAAACCUGUUGGAGGCUUACCAGAAACAGCAAGAGAGCAGCUUAAUACCCAUAUGGAACUUUGUGCUGCCUUUGAAGCCAAAGAAGAGACAUAUAAGUGUCUGAUGCAGAAAGGCCAGCAGAUGCUUGCAAGAUGCCCAGAAUCUGCUGAAACGAACGUCGAGCAGGACAUAAAUAACUUGAAAGAAAAAUGGGAAUCGGUACAAACAAAGCUCAGUGAAAGAAAAACCAAACUGGAAGAAGCCCUCAGUUUAGCAAUGGAGUUCCACAACUCACUUCAAGACUUCAUCAACUGGCUUACUCAGGCUGAGCAAACUCUAACUGCAGCUUCUCGGCCAAGUCUUAUCUUGGAUACUGUCUUGUUUCAAAUUGAUGAACACAAGGUUUUUGCCACAGAAGUGAAUUCUCAUCGAGAUCAGAUCAUAGAGCUGGACAAAACUGGAACCCAUUUAAAAUAUUUCAGCCAGAAACAAGAUGUUGUCCUUAUUAAGAAUCUGCUUAUUAGUGUACAGAGUAGAUGGGAAAAAGUAGUUCAACGCUUAGUUGAAAGGGGAAGAGCUUUGGAUGAUGCAAGGAAAAGAGCCAAACAGUUCCAUGAAGCCUGGCACAAACUUAUGGAAUGGUUAGAAGAAUCAGAGAAAUCUUUGGACUCAGAGCUCGAAAUUGCAAAUGACCCUGACAAAAUAAAGAUGCAGCUUGCACAGCAUAAGGAAUUCCAGAAAUCACUUGGUGCCAAACAUUCUGUGUAUGAUACCACAAAUAGGACUGGACGCUCCUUGAAAGAGAAAACCACUUUGGCUGAUGACAAUUUGAAACUAGAUGAUAUGCUGAGUGAACUAAGAGAUAAAUGGGAUACAAUCUGUGGAAAAUCAGUAGAAAGACAAAAUAAACUGGAGGAAGCCCUGUUGUUUUCUGGACAAUUUACUGAUGCUUUGCAAGCUCUCAUUGACUGGUUAUACAAAAUUGAGCCUCAGCUAGCAGAAGAUCAGCCAGUACAUGGUGACAUUGAUUUAGUGAUGAACCUGAUUGACAAUCACAAGGUUUUCCAGAAGGAGCUGGGAAAAAGAACAAGCAGUGUGCAGGCUCUGAAGCGCUCUGCCAGAGAGCUGAUAGAAGGCAGUCGUGAUGACUCUUCCUGGGUCAAAGUCCAAAUGCAAGAGCUAAGCACUCGCUGGGAGACAGUUUGUGCCCUGUCAGUAUCCAAGCAAACACGACUGGAACAAGCUCUCCGGCAGGCAGAAGAAUUCCACUCUGUGGUUCAUGUUCUUUUGGAGUGGCUGGCAGAGGCUGAGCAGGCUCUUCGUUUCCAUGGGGUCCUUCCAGAUGAUGAAGAGGCUUUACGUACACUAAUAGAGCAGCACAGGGAAUUCAUGAAGAAACUGGAAGAGAAAAAGGCAGAACUGAAUAAAGCAACAGGUAUGGGAGAAGCUAUCCUGGCUAUCUGCCACCCAGAUUCCAUCACCACCAUUAAGCACUGGAUAACAAUAAUCAGAGCCAGGUUUGAAGAGGUAUUAGCAUGGGCUAAACAACAUCAACAGAGACUGGCAGGAGCUCUGGCUGGACUUAUUGCUAACCAGGAGCUGCUGGAAGCUUUGUUGUCCUGGUUGCAGUGGGCAGAGACUACACUUAAUGAAAAAGAUAAAGAAGUUAUCCCCCAGGAGAUUGAGGAUGUUAAAGCGCUCAUAGCUGAGCAUCAGACUUUCAUGGAGGAAAUGACCAGAAAACAACCUGAUGUGGAUAAAGUCACAAAGACCUAUAAAAGAAAGGCACUUGAACCCGCUCCAGUACAAUCUCAUAUUCCUGUCCUUGAUAAGGGGAGAGCAGGAAGAAAGCGUUCCCCAACACCAGGCAUUUAUCCAUCAGCAACCCAGACACAAAUUGAAACCAAAAAUCCAAGGGUAAACCUUUUAGUCAGCAAAUGGCAGCAAGUCUGGCUUCUGGCCUUGGAAAGAAGAAGAAAACUUAAUGAUGCUUUGGACAGACUUGAAGAGCUGAAAGAAUUUGCCAACUUUGAUUUUGAUAUUUGGAGGAAAAAAUAUAUGCGGUGGAUGAACCAUAAGAAGUCUCGUGUGAUGGACUUCUUUAGGAGGAUUGAUAAAGAUCAGGAUGGAAAGAUAACAAGACAGGAAUUCAUUGAUGGAAUUCUUUCUUCAAAAUUCCCAACUAGCCGACUUGAAAUGAGUGCUGUUGCAGACAUUUUUGAUAGAGAUGGUGAUGGAUAUAUUGACUACUAUGAAUUUGUAGCAGCUCUUCAUCCAAACAAGGAUGCUUACAAGCCUCUCACAGAUGCUGACAAAAUUGAAGAUGAGGUUACAAGGCAGGUAGCUAAAUGUAAAUGUGCAAAGCGAUUUCAAGUGGAACAGAUUGGAGAUAACAAGUACAGGUUCUUCCUGGGAAAUCAGUUUGGUGACUCUCAACAACUGCGGCUUGUUCGUAUCCUAAGAAGUACAGUCAUGGUUCGUGUUGGAGGUGGCUGGAUGGCACUUGACGAGUUCUUGGUGAAAAAUGAUCCUUGCAGGGUUCAUCAUCACGGGAGUAAAAUGUUACGUUCGGAAUCAAACUCUUCAAUUACCACUCAGCCUACUAUAGCUAAAGGGAGGACAAACGUGGAGCUGCGUGAAAAGUUCAUUUUGGCAGAUGGUGCCAGUCAGAGCAUGGCAGCUUUCCGACCGAGGGGCCGUAGAUCACGACCCUCUUCAAGGGGUGCUUCUCCCAACAGAUCUACAUCGUUGUCAAGUCAGGCUGGCCAGGCAGCAGCCCCACAAGCGGUUGCUACGAGUACACCCAAGACACCCCAUCAUUUAACACGCAACUAUGGUAAGCCAUGGUUGACAAACAGCAAAACGUCAACUCCUUCUAAGCCACCAGAAUCUUCAGACUAUCAAGGGUCAUCUGCAGAGGGAACACCAAUUCAAGGAAGUAAACUCAGACUGCCAGGGUAUCUAUCAGGGAAGAGUUUCCACUCUGGAGAAGACAGCGGCAUACUGUCAAAAGCAGCUACCAGAGUCAGAGCUCAGUUUGCAGAAACCAGAAGAACUCCAAGUAGACCUGGAAGCCGAGCAGGAAGCAAGGCUGGCAGCAGGUCAAGUAGCCGCCGAGGCAGUGAUGCAUCUGACUUUGACAUUUCAGAAAUCCAGUCUGUAUGCUCAGAUAUGUCAGAGACUGUUCCUGCUACAAGCAGACCGACACCCCGAGCAGGUUCUCGGCCAGGAUCAGCCAAGCCUUCUAAAAUUCCAACUCCCCAAAGAAGGCCACUAGCCAGCAAAUUGGACAAGUCCUUGAAGAGAUAAUAUGAUUGGCUCCAUAAAGGUCUUUUCCUUUUGCAUUAAGUAUUUAAGUUUGUAAGAUGUAAAAUAUUAUGUAGAAAUUAUUGUGAAAUAUCGCAAGAGGUGGAUUUUUAAUUCUGCAGAUGGCCUUAUUUGUGUAUUUGUCUUCUUAUUUUAUGUGUAUAAUUUUUGUCAGAUUUGUUUUUUGUUUAUGCCAUAUCCUAUGAGAAGGGGGGAGAGUUUUAAUGUAAACUAACAAUUGUACACAGUAAUGUGUAGAAAGUACACUAAAAAUAAUUACAGAAUGUACAGUGUACUGAAUGUACAGUAAGUCUCUGCAACCUGAAAAAAAUAGGUCUAUCACUAUGUCAUUAGUCAACAGUAACGGAUACCUCAUGAUUUUUCUUUAAAAAAGAAAAAAAGAAAAAGCCAAAAGACACAAUUACACAUUUUGAUCUAACUAAACAAACACUAAAGGAUGUAUGUCAGAAGUACUAAGGAAUACAAGAACACAUUCACAAUACCCUUAUUUAUACAGCUCUCUCAGAGAACUCACAGAGUUAAUUAAGCACUUGCCAGUAAUAUGAUACUCCAAUACUUUGCAGCAUUUCUGUGCCAUUGCUUUCAGUGAGGCCAGACACAUUCUGGAUAUUUGAACUAUUAUUCUGUAAGAAUAUCAAUAUAAAGUGCAUUCAUGUAAAUGUGAGGUUUUCUUUUGCUUGAGUGGAUGGUAGCACUGUAUCAUUGAACUCAUUUUGUAUCAAAGCAAUUUUGCUUGCAGAAAGCUCUGAAAUAAACAUGUCCCUUAACUUUA